UUCGAUGGCUUUUCAAGCAUCAGAGGCACGACAGGAUGGCCGGUACUGCAUACCGCGAGACACAAAGGAGCCGCCUCGCUUCUCCGCCAGUGAGUACGCCAAGAACAACAGCCUUCAGAGAAAGCACAACAACGUGGUUUUAGAAUUUUGCCAGCCCGCAUUCUUUACCCUGCCCCACGCCACCAUGCAGAUAUUGGACAUCGGCUGUGGAACUGGGGACUUCACACGGGACUUCCUUUUACCACGAUGCCUGCCAUGCGGCAGGUUAGUCGGCAUCGACUCCAGCAUCCAAAUGAUCGAAUACGCUAGGCGACAUUCGGCUCACGAGAAGAUUGAAUAUGAGCUGCUCGACAUAGGCGACGACAUGACCGAGUUUAUUGGCCGUCGUGGCCAGUUCGACAGAGUUUUCUCUUUUUACUGCCUUCAUUGGUUGAGCAACCAGGGCGUCGCACUGAAGAACGUAGCUGCACUGAUGAAACCAGGAGGACAGUGUCUUCUGGUGUUUCCAGCUUCACACCAACCUGGCGCCGUAUGGCGACUUCUGGCCGAAAUGGAUCACUGGGAAAAAUAUUCAGAGACAUUGUUGCAGUUCAUUUCGAAGAGCCAUUACAUGAAGGACGAGAACGAACAGAUCCAGUACAUGUCGUCACUGGUGCGGGAAGCCGGCCUCUGCCCCAACAUUCUUGUGCUGCCAAGGCUGGUGACAUUUGACGGAUGGUCUGAAGAGGACAUAAUCGGAGCGCACAUGAGUCUCCUUCCUAUCAACCACCUUGUUUCCAACACGGAGAGGGCGCAGCUUCUCGAAGACGUCACGGCGUUGGUCCGGAAAGUGCACGGCCCCGAGACUGACCAGUCGAUAUUCAGGACGUAUAUCAUCAUGGCCUCCAAACAGAGAGGCUAAGGCGCGAUAAUUCAUGACAUAACGCAUGCAUAUAUCUAGCCAACGUAUUAGUGUUCAGACCUACCACAAAAAUGACAAUGAAUGCGACUUUACACUAAA